CACUCACAUGGCCGACAUAAGUGCCUGUACUCCGCUGCUUGCGGAGUCAGACACUCAAAAUAACACGACCAGUACCCCUAACGCGGCUUCUGUCACAGAUGCUGACAAAGUAAUAAACAUUCAAAUAGAUAGCACCCAGGUUGAAGGGGCCCGGAGGCCGGAGCGGCUCCUCCAGGGCCUCCUCACCGACGACUACUGCCACGUGUGUGAGGCCGUGCUGCUGUUCGAGUCCCAGAGGCUGUCGCACUACGAGGGGAAGAAGCACGCUCACAAACUGAAGGCGUACCUGCAGGCCAUGAGAGCUGAGGACGGGGACCGAGGGGCCGCGGGACCCCAGCGCGCCAUGGCGACCGACGCGGAUCAUUUCUGCGAGCUGUGCAACAUGGUGUUCAGCUCCCACGUGGUGGCAAAGUUCCACUACGGCGGCAAAGUCCACGCGAAGCAUCUCCGCAGGCGAGGCCUCGCGCCGCCAGAGGCUCGUUCACCGCGCCCCGACGGCGGCGACCUGAAAGCGGCCCCGCGGGGCGACGGGGAACAUCCUCAGGACCCGACGGGCACCGCGGCGGAGGCGGACCCCGAGGACCCGAAGAAGCGCUGCGCCCUGUGCGCCGCCUCCUUCAACAACCCCCUGAUGGCGUCGCAGCACUACAACGGGCGCAAGCACCAGCGGAACCAGGCCAGACGGGACCUGCUCAAGGAGCUCGGAGACGACGCCCGACAAGCCAACUCCCUGAUGUGCCAGAUGUGCAGCCUGCAGUUCAGCUCUGUGGAGAUGUACCAGUCCCACAUGCAAGGAAACAAACACCAGAACCGGGAGAAGAAGGUGGUGGACUUGUGCAAAUCUCAACAGAAGGACUACAACACGUUUGCGGACGAGCUGGCGGACUACAUCCAGGUCCAGAAGGCCCGCGGCAUCACGCCCAAGGCCGGGCAAGCACUCCCUCAACGAGAGGGCGAGGGAGACGAGGAGGAAGAGGAGGCGUUCGACGGGGGGGAUGUCGUUGAACCCGACCUCCCGCCCACCGCUCACCCUCCUCAUCACUCGCGCCCCCCCGGCUGUUACUACCCGGCGGCUGCGGGGUGGCGUCCUCCUCAUCUGGGCCCGCCGUGGCCUUCACACCCCUUGGAUUACAGCUGCCCUCCUCCUCCUCCUCUCCCCCCCGGCGGAGGCCCUCCCCCGUUCACAGAUAGAAAGAGGCGCAGAAAGCGGUCGAGUACUUCUUCAUCGUCUCCCUCCUCCUCCUCCUCCUUCAGCAGCAGCGACAGCGACGGCAGCGACUACAGGCGCCGAGGGAAGAGGAGGAUCCGGAGGUCCAGGAGGGAGGCAGACAGGAAGCCGAGGGAGGAGGAGGAGGAGGAGGAGAAGAGGAGGAAGAGACGGAGGAGGGAAAGAGACGACGACGACUCGGAGGAGAGGAGACGAGAGGAAUCCGGAGGGUCCGAGAAGGAGGGCGGGAGAAAAAGGCAGAAGAACCCCGGAAGGCAGAGGAGACGGGAGAAUAAAUAUCGGGAGGAGGACUGUGAGGUGGAAGGAGGAGGGGAGGAGGAGGAGGAGGAGGAGGAGGAGCGAGGGAUGGACAGAUUAGAGGCGGAGGACACGCUGGACAGUAGGAAAGAGACUGAAGAGCAUAUUGAGGCCGAAAUGGAUGUUGAACAUGGGGAGGGGGGGCAGGGGGGGGCCAGACCCAAAGACAGGAAAGAGAAGAAGAAGACAAAAGAGAGAGCAGACACUCGGACGGAGGACGAGAAGCUGUGGGACGACUCCAUUCUGGGCUGCUGAACCCAAACGCCGACAUUGACGUUACAUUGUGAGCAUGGCCGUCACGACAUCAUAAAGUAUUUUAGAAUAUUUGUUAAUAGCCGUUAACGAAGCACCUUUUUACUCUCCGACGUGCUCACAGGUGAGCUCGCUGGCUAGCCGUGUGCUGAUUGGUUCUCACACAUGUCCACAGCUAUAAUAGCUUUAUUUUUCACUAAGACACUUUUCACUUCAUUCAGUAUCACUUUAUUCAGUGUUGGUUAUAAUAUUUAAGAUAUCUUUCAUUUUGUUUGCGUGUCAUUGUAAAUGAUCAUUAAGUCCACUUUGAGUUAUUCAUGCAUGUGUCUGCAUCUGCGCUGCUCGUAGCAGUCUGUGGGGGGCGCUGGUGAGCUUCGGUAAAGCAAAUAAAAGCGCAAAGAAACUUUAA